GGCGUGCUACGAAUGCCGAUCGAUAGCUCAGUGAGCUUCGCAGACCAAAGCGAUUUAUUCGGUCGUUUCUAUGUAGUCACAGUUCGGUCGCAGUUCGCCCUCCUACCGUCAGCAGCUUCGAGAGCUCAGACCUCCUUUCCAACAACGUUGUUUGCUCGUAUUCAUGCGCAUGGAACACCGUGUAUUGAUCAAUCUUCUCAGUUCAACUCAGUUGUAGGCUUCCAGUUUGGGUGAUGGUACUACUACUCCGCGGACCAUAGACACUUUUUUAAGACUCGCCAGUUUUAUGGUUUCGAUUGAUCUAAAAUUCAAUACGUUUGUAGUGUUUUGUUUAUUACUCGCGUUGAUCGUCGGUUUUGAUCAGUUUUACCUGAAUUAAAACGGUUUAAAUAGUUUUACGAAGGCGCCUUGCUCUGUCGGGCGGAAUCGGGGCCACGGCGGCGAACGGAUACACAAAACAAAGAUGGCGGACUGGAUCGGUCUGUGAGAAGUUCUCUGACGUAUAGGUGCCGGUUAAAUACGAUUUUUACGAUUGGUUUGACUUUGAAAAUUCCUAAUUCGUAUUAAACUGACCUCGGAUAAGUGCGGGAUUAACAUAUGAUGGAUGAAACGGUCGAUACUAGCCCGGUUUCGGAGAAAACCGGUGAAAACGACAUGCUAAUUAACGGGGUUGAGCGGGAAAUGGAAGAAAAUUAUAAUGAACAUGAAGGGGAGGAAAAUCCUGAGGAAAGUCAUGCUGAACAUGAGGAGAAUCAUGUUGAUCAGGAUGAAAAUAAUGGAGUCGAAAGUGACCCAGAGGGGGAAGAUAUGGAGGAGAUGGAAAUUACCACGGAUUUGCCGGAUAUUGAAGUGGAGGCUUGCCGGCUGUGCGACGAUGUCAGUGAAAAGAUGUUUAAUAUUUUUGAGGACAAUCCUGAAGGGUAUCAGCUUAUUGGGCUUAUUAAGGAAAACUUGCCUAUAGUGUUAUACAAGACUGAUCCUCUGUCCAAACAAGUAUGUGAAAAAUGUGUUCUUAACCUGCAAAUUAUCAGCAGUUUAAAGAAACGGAGCCGGCAAACUCAGGAAAAAUAUGUAGAUAAACUAAAAUCUGAAUGUGACACUAAUGACAAAAACGUUCUGCUUUUCCUUGGAUGCACAGGAAGUAAGCUAGUGGACAAUGGAGAUGAUGAAGAGGAAGAGGAAGAAGAACUUAAAGACCAAGCUACUUCCACUGAAGACUUGACAAUCUUAUGUGCAAACUGUAAAACUUCAAUACUGGAUGCCAGUACUGUUAAUGGAGAACUGGAACUUUCUAGUAAUUUACAUGAAAUAAUCAAAGAUUCACUUAGGAGAAAUAGAGUUAUAACAGGUGAAAAUGAAAAAGUUUUAAGGCAAAGAAAGGUUCAACCUUUAUAUAAUGAUGAUUCAUUAUGUAGCAGUCUGACAGAUACCCCUGCUCCAGGAGUUGACGAUCUUUCUCCAUCCGAAGGCGGCCCAAGCGAUAUAGAGUCUGAAGAUAGCGAAGAGCGUCCAGCAAAACGUAGAAAAAUCGACGAAUCUUCCCGAGAAAUUCAAGACGAAAUUAACAGGGCUCUAGCAAAGAAAAAUGACAUGAACGGAGUAACUGACGAAGAUAGUCUCGAUAAAGAAGACGAAAGUUCAGAGAAAAACGAUAGCGAGGAAGAAUCUAAAAGGGAAGAGUACGAAAGAGCUAAGAAAGAACAAGAGGAGCAGUUAAAAAGGGAAAAGGAGGAACAAGAGACAAAAGACAAAGAAGAGAUGGAGAGGAUCGAACAGAUUAAAGUUAUUUGUGAGGAAAUAUUCAAAGAAGAACCUGACUUUACAUUUGAACCUUUAACACUUCUUGAAGCAGCUCUAAAUACCAUAAACGCCCAAAAUGUUCCAGAUUUUCAACCCCAGCAUUUUAAAACACAAUCUACCGUAUGCUUCUGUAAAAUGUGCGGGGAGGAGUUUAAAAAUGCUAAGCUAUUGGCACUUCACGAACCCACACACAUGGAUGUGGACAUGGAAGAAAAAAUUGAUAACCCUCAACAAUGGCCCAAAAAUCAUCAGUUUGCUAAAAUUAGAAAUAAGUGGUUGACUCGAUUUGAUGAAACCUUCGAUGAGUAUGAUGAUAUUGACGUUGAAGACAAGGAGGAUGAACUGUUGGUAGAAGAUACUGAAAAAACUAUGGCAAUGUCCAAAAAAGACGAAGUAGUACUCGUUGAUAUGAAACCAAUGGUGAACGGUGUAUACCUGGGAGAUUAUACCAAAGAAGAGCGCAAGGCGUUCUAUCAAUGUAUGAGAAUUGGCGGACAAACGAAAAGAUUUUGUCCACUUUGUAGAUAUUGCUUUAAGGACAACUGGGCCAUCGAAAGUCACUAUUUUUCAUUUGCUUGCUACUAUACUUGCAGACAUUGUGGUAUGAGGUUUAAUAAGCAAAGACACAGAUUUGAUGAUCAUACCAAAGAGCAUAAGAAAAAGAAGGAUCCUAUUUCCGAUAAGAUAUAUACCGCUAGUAAAGUGAAUAAUACAUUGCCAAAAGUGAUACAGCCUGAUAAAGUGAAGAAGGUUGUACCUGGAGAUCCGGAAAAACCAAGAGAGAUCAGGUUAGAGGAUUAUAUGUCACCACCAAUAAUAACCAAAGGUGGUUUUGACCAAAGGGGUACGAGAUAUAGUAAUAGUCCCGGACAAUUCCCACCAAAUUACCAAACCGUCAAGGUCAAAGAAGAACCCAAAGAUCCCAACAAUACAUCUGUAAAUAACAAAUCUCAAAAUCAGGCCUAUUUCUGUCGAAAAUGUUAUAAGGUCUUUUUUAAACUUGACGAAUUCAAUGCGCACAGUCGCAAUUGCGACUACAGCAGUUUCGCUCCUAUGCAAAGAACCAACUCGCCUAACUCUUUACCAAAAAUGGGGCCCAUAAAAGUAAAACAAGAACAAGGAGUUGAAAGAGGUAUGAACGGUAGCGUAAGUACUGGCGGACGACCUGUUAGAAAUUGUGCAAAGGAUAUCGGGCCAUAUAAGGACGAAGUUUAUAUACCAAAACAAAUCCUCAACGACACUAUACCUGGACCACCUCAAAGUUUCAUCUGCCACAUCUGUGGAACACCUUUCCCGACAAUUUAUUCUAGAAAUAGCCAUAUGCGAAUUCAUAAAGGAGAACAAGCCGGAGCAUCUCCCAGUAAUAAUGGACAUAGUCCACAAAUGAUGGCGCAACAAAAUAUCUUAAGACAGCGUCUACAGCAACAGCAACAGAACCAGCAAAAUUAUACUGCGCAAAGGGUGCAAGGUCAGGGAAUCAGUCAGCAACAAAGGCAGAUGCUGAUUCAGAGAAAGAUACAACAGCAGAGGGCGUUGCAACAGCAACGACAACAGCAGCAGGAACAACAGAACAAUUAUCAACAACAGUUUGAGGAAAUACGGGUUAAAGAGGAACCAGUGGACAGCUUCGAACCAAUGGUAGAAAUCCACGAAGGACACGAAAGUUCUCCUUCUCCACCGCCACCUCAAACACAGGUACCGCGAAAUAUCGGGGGCGGUGCGGUUUCUUUAACACCCAUCGUCAAAAAACCGGCCCUAAAUCCAAACAUUCAAAAGUUAAUAGCAAACAACCCCAAUAUCAGUUUGGCCCCCUCGAGAAAAUCCACCCCUCCAGCACAGCGAAAUGGCGAAAGAAAUCUUAUUAAAAACCAAGGAGGAUACCAAGGCCCUUACGCACCCAGUACGCAGAAUCAAGGCCAAAGUAGAGAGAUGAAUGUGACGCCACAAAUGAGAUAUAUUACGGUGUCUCCCAAUUUGAUGCCUAGCGAUGAUAAUAAAUCCUAUAAAUGUUCGAGUUGUUGGGAAGCGUUUUCGAAUAAGUCUCAUUUGUAUUUCCAUAAGAAGAAUCAAUGUGAAGGAUCGAGGUUCCCAUGCCCGUUUUGUAAGAAGAGGUUCGGAACGGAAGCCGCGUAUAGUUCACAUAUUUUUUAUUCACAUCCAGAAUAAACUGGUUAAUAACAAAAUCUAUUAAGUGUAAAGAUGUUUGUUGUAUAUAUAUUAAAAGAUCAAUUCUUUAUUCUUAGAUAUGCGAUUUUUGAUGCAGUUUAAUGUUUUGUUUUAUUUUUUUUGAUUUUACAAAAAGACUGAAAAAUGUUCUUUAUUUAUUCAAACAAGAACAAACUCAUAUGUGUGACAGUACGGCAUAAGUUAAGUUAAAUUAUUUAUUAAUUAUCCAAUAAUAUAUAAAUGUUUGCCUCAAGCCAAAAACCUGUUGUAUUUUUCUAACGUUCUUGCGUAGCUUUGUAGGUUUAUACAUAUAUUUUUUAAUUUCCUGUAUAUAUUUAUAAACUAGUUAUAUUAUUAUGACUUUCUCUAGUAUAUUAUAAAGAAUUAGAUAUUAAUAUUUCAAUUAAAUAAAAUCAGGAAAACAAUUCAA